AUGAAGUUCUCCACUACUCUUCUCGUUGCCGCUGCUUCUGCUCAAAACGCUGAAAAGCGACUGAACAAGAUCAGCGGCCACAUGGACACCCUCCUUGAUUUGAUGGACAAUAACACCACUGCUUCUGACGCUCGAGUUGCCCGAGCAAACGCCUGGGUCAGCAAGCUCCUCGGCCAAGCUGGCCAAAUCAACGCGACUCUCUGCGCAACCGUCGAUGCUGUGGAUGAAGCUGGUGAUGCCCUCGUAUUCGACCAGGAGAGCUUUUGCAAACUCACUGGCCAAGUGCAGAGCGCUCUUCGAUCGUACGUCCGCACCUUCGGCUGCAAAGAGACCUACCCAAAGAAGAACUUCGAAGCUGUUUUUGCCAAGCGAACGAACCGUGUCAAGAACAUUUUCUCCCGCGCUGGCGACUGUUGA